UAGUGGAAGCCUAUUUAACCAUGUCCAUUCGGAGACGACCUGGCAUAUUCCAGAAACACCGGUCGACAUUGUGAUUCCAAUUAAUUCUUAUUGCAAGUCAUUUCUUCAUUUUUCUAGUCCUAUAAUGGCGCUUGACAAAAGACUAGUCAAUUUACUAGUCGUUGUCGUUCUAAUUUUCCUGAUUGUCCCAUCGCAUCAGCAAGGAUCGCCUACAUGCGGGCAAACGAGUUCAAUGACGUCUAGGGUCGUGGGAGGUAGCGUGACGCAGGCCAACCAAUUUCCGUGGAUGGCCUACCUCCAAAUUAAAUUCUGGAGUGGAGAUACAGCCACUUGCGGUGGCACUCUUAUUAAUCAAGAUUGGAUCCUGACGGCAGCCCACUGCCUUUAUGGAGGUGUUGAGGUUCGAGUAACUCUGGGCGCCCAUGACACCAGCAGCAACAGCCUAUCAUCCGUUUCUUUCACCUUGCUUCCACAAUCGUUCAAAAGUCAUCCGAAUUUUGUUUAUGGCAAAGUCGAGGACGAUAUCGCCCUUAUCCAGCUGCCUUACACCAUCUCUAUCUCCAAUAAAGUUCAACCAGCAUGUCUUCCUUUUGCUAGUGAUUCUGAUCAAGUGAAUGAUCCUGUCGUCGUCACUGGAUGGGGCAAUUUCUCCAGUGUUGUGGACAGCGGGUUGAGCUCUGUUUUACGCCAAAUCAAUACGAAUGUCAUUUCUUCUUCGGGAACCAACGGCGUGUGCCAACAGACGGCUGCUGAAGGUUCAUUUUCCGGCGAUAAAGUCAUUUGCAGUGAUGGUUCUCAAUUUCGUCGCUACUGCUACGGUGAUGAUGGAGGUCCUAUGAAUUUCUUCAACAAGGAAUGGAAUAGGUGGUUCGUUAUCGGUGUUGCCGGAAGAGGCGACGCUUCCGUCAACUGUCAGAAUAAUAGGCCCAACGUGUUCAGUCGUGUCAGGGGCUAUCUAGAUUGGAUCGGAGGUAUUACCGGUUUAAAGCCCAUCACGACGACAACAACAACAACAACUACUACAACGACAACGACUACAACUACCACGACGAAGCCUCCCACGACAGUUUCGUCUUAUUUUGAUUGCAUGGGCAAAGCAGAUGGCAACUACGCCAAUCCGGCAUCCAGUUGUUCCAUUACCUUUUACAUGUGCUCCAAUGAAUAUGCCUAUCUCUUUGAAUGCGCUCAAGCGGGAACAUAUUACCGAGCUGAAAUCGGUAGAUGCGACUGGCCCGAAAAUGUCGCCGGUUGCAACAGCAUUUAAUAUAAUGGUGGUUUUAAUGUUGGGAAUCCAAUUAGAUUUCCAAACUUCUAUGACAGCACUCUUCAUUAUAACUAAAAUUUGAAUAAUUGAUUCUACUUCGUUUAAGAGAAUAAACAAACUGGGAAUCAGGAAUUUUGGAAAUCAA